UCUUUUGUGGUGGUGUUUCUUGACGACAUUUUGAUUUAUUCUCGAGAUUUGGAAGAGCAUGCUUGUCACCUUCGUCUGGCACUUGGGAAAUUAAGAGAACAUCAAUUGUACGCUAAGUUGAGCAAGUGUGAAUUCUGGUUAGAAGAAGUUAAAUUUCUUGGACAUGUGAUUUCUCAAGAAGGGGUGGCUGUAGAUCCUAGUAAAGUAGAAGCUGUUUUGUCGUGGUCUCGCCCUUCGACAGUUCGUGAGAUACGAAGUUUCUUGGGACUUGCCGGUUACUAUCGAAGAUUUGUGGAAGGUUUUUCUCGACUAUCAGGACCUCUCACUGCCUUGACUAGGAAGAAUACUGAGUUUGUAUGGUCUGACAAAUGUGAGAGAAGUUUUCAAGAGUUGAAGAGAAGAUUGACAACGGCACCUAUUUUGGCACUUCCGGAGCCACACAAGCCAUUUGUGAUUUUCAGUGAUGCAUCCAAAUUCGGGUUGGGAUGCGUUCUUACGCAAGAGGGACGGGUUGUUGCUUAUGCAUCUCGUCAGUUGAAGAUUCAUGAAAGGAAUUAUCCCACGCAUGAUUUGGAGUUGGCGGCAAUAGUUUUUGCGCUUAAGAUCUGGCGGCACUAUCUGUAUGGCGAAGCCUGUGAAGUUUAUACUGAUCACAAGAGCUUGAAGCAUCUGUUUACUCAGAAGAAUCUAAACAUGAGGCAGAGACGGUGGUUAGAGCUAAUUAGCGACUAUCAGUGUGAAAUCAAGUAUCAUCCAGGGAAGGCAAAUUUAGUCGCUAAUGCC